UGAGACCUAUUGCUCUGGUUGCUAUAGGAAUAAUCCUUUUAGAGGAUCAGUUGUGUAACAGGCAUCGAAGACAGAGGACACAUUCUUUGUUAGGCAGAGCACAGCACUGAGAUUAGGUGGUGGGUUUUGUAGAGCGCAGGUUUAUUUACCAUGCCGGAUUACUUUGCUGGCUUCCUGCUCAGCGUGUUGAUGUGCAGAUAGCAGCUUUUCUUUCUCUUCGGCUGUAGGAAGCUGCUGUGUCUGUAGUGUUCUGCUUAGCACAGGACAGGCUCUCACUGCUGUAUUACACCAGUGGUGCGGCUAGGGGGUAGAACUGUCAGCAUCACGUGAUAGCUUUUAAUAAAAGUCUGUUGAUGUAGAUGAUUCCAGAAAACCUUCUGCAAGCGCUUGCAGAACAGGAUAUAAUAAAUACAGUCCUAAGAAGAUUGUAUUUUUUCCAUCUCUUCAUAUCAGACACUGGAAGUACGACCUAUCUGAGCAGGCACAUGUCACUGUAAUGCUUUAGCUUGAUUAAUUGUGAGUUUUAGUAUUAUAUCUUGAAGCCUAUACGUAUAAAAAUUACUAAUCUUAGCACGUUGUAACUUUAGUCUCUAGUCUCAGAAAUAGCAAGUGUUAGGCAAUGAUUUUUCUGCUUUAAUAAAGGUAGAUAAUGGUUUUAAAACACUUCCCUCUACGGUCUUGUCUCUCUGUCUUUCUGCAUCUUCAUCUCUUCUAGAGGUACAGCAUGCUCCCUUGGCAGAUCAGUAUUGGCUAAAAAAUAGGUGCAAUGCUUUUGAGUAAGUGUUGGGUAGGACAGGCACUGCCUACUGAGGCCAGUCUGCUAUGAUCGGGAAGAAUAUAAUAUACAGUGUCUGAGCAUAGUAGCCUUCACUGCAAAUUCUCUAAUGACCCAACAAAGCUCUGUGUUUGUCUGUGCCCUCUGAGCAGUAUGGGCUUGGGAGCUGAAGCAAAGUGGGAAGGUAGGGAGGCCCUGUAACAGAACUGUGUGUUGCUGCUGCCUUUUUGCACAGUGCUUUCCCUCAACAAGCAAAGCCUUUCUGCACCCUUCUUGAGAAAACAGACCAAAUCUGAAGCUGUGCGAGCCUCAAAGAAACAUGGUGCUGCAACCAUGGACUUGGGUGCGAUUAGCAUGUCCUGUUCUUGUCAGGGCUAAGCUGUGAGAAGAGUUGCUGAGCAGCCCAAAAGCCAGGGAGAGGGGCUCUCGGGAGCACUGGGCCGUAGAAGAACGGACCUGCUUGUUGUUUCUCUGUGCUUUGAUUUAGAUCAGCAGAGAGCUGGUGGCCAUGGCAACAGUUGGGCAGGAGACAAGAUGUUCCUUCCAGGAGCCCUCUUGGAACAUGACAUUGAGACAGCUUUUGGAGUGGUCCAUGUCACCAUGCGGGGCACACCCAAGGGGAACAGACCUGUCAUCCUCACAUACCAUGACAUUGGCCUCAACCACAAAUCCUGUUUUAAUGCAUUCUUUAACUUCGAAGACAUGCAAGAGAUCACUCAGCAUUUUGCUGUGUGCCAUGUCGAUGCACCAGGCCAGCAGGAAGGAGCCCCCCCAUUCCCAUCUGGGUACCAGUAUCCCAGUAUGGAUGAACUGGCUGAAAUGCUGCCUGCUGUUCUGACACACCUGAACCUGAAAAGCUUCAUUGGGAUUGGACUGGGAGCUGGUGCUUAUGUCCUCAGCAGGUGUGCACUCAGCCACCCAGACCUAGUGGAGGGACUUGUUCUCAUUAAUGUUGAUCCAUGUGCAAAGGGCUGGAUUGACUGGGCAGCAUCCAAGUUUUCAGGCUGGACAACCAACAUAGUGGAUAUUGUCUUGGCGCAUCAUUUUGGCCAUGAGGAACUGCAGGCAAAUCUAGAUUUGAUCCAAACAUACAGGCUUCAUAUUGCGCAGGACAUUAACCAAGAUAACCUUCAGCUGUUCCUCACCUCAUACAACAGUCGUAGAGACCUGGAAAUUGAGAGACCUGCUCUUGGCAUCAAUGAAAAUACUGCAAAAACACUCAAGUGCCCUGCCUUGCUAGUUGUUGGUGACAACUCACCUGCUGUGGAAGCAGUGGUUGAAUGCAAUUCACGUCUUGACCCAACCAAAACUACCCUUCUGAAGAUGGCUGACUGUGGAGGCCUGCCCCAGGUGGUUCAGCCUGGCAAGCUGACUGAAGCCUUCAAGUACUUUGUGCAGGGAAUGGGCUACAUCCCUUAUGUGCAACUCAGCCACCUAAGCACUGAGUCAGUGCCAGCAGCUAGUAUGACCAGGCUGAUGCGCUCCCGUACUCACUCCUCCUCUAGUGUGGGCUCUGGUGAGAGUGUCCGCAGCCGGUCUCAUACUAGCAACCAUGGUGAAGGAAGUGCUGGAACCCCAGAAGGAAUUGAUCUCCAGGAUGCACCUCAAACCAUGGAAGUAUCCUGUUAGGCCAGGAGCCCCUCUUCUGGAUUCAGACAACUCCGCUCACCCCCACUGAACCCACUCAGAAUCUAGCAUUUCACCCAACAUGGCAUUAACUGUUCUAACUUGUGCAUGCCCAUCUGAGCUGCCACCUCCUUAGUAGUCUGUACUUGGCAUUACUGUCCUUUCUGUAUGUUCCUGGCAUCAGAGCCUCUUUAAAACUCGUUAACAUUCCGCAGUCUUAGUAAGUCACGUUACUGUACAUGCUGAUACCAUCUCCUGUCUGUGCUGUAUAUCGAUCCAGAUGACAGCCAUUGUCUCCCCUCUUCAUUUAAAUAUAAUUUCUGUGGCUUUGUGAGGUUUAGAAUUGCUUUCUAGUUGUGCUUCUGCUAAAGGACCCUUGUGGUGCAGCUGGAAUGGCAUCUGUGGGACAUGGGAAAGCAAGACCGUGAUGAUUUGAAACUCCAGGUGCUGGAGCAGGUGAUGCUCUUUGACAGAGCUGUGCCUGGAGCGCAGAACUCAUCAGAAGGUCUUUGUGCUCCCAGGACUCUUGGCAUGCCAGGCAGCCAUGGGGAAAACAAAUGGUCAGAAAUACUGUCUUGGCCUCAUCUCUGUAUGUAUGUUAAGAAGGAGCAGAGUGAUUUCUUACCUGAGCCUCCUGAAAGGGCAAAGCAAUUAACAGGUAAACUUACUAAACUGAGAUGCACUAUUACCGAGUACAAGGCAUUAAACUGCAGCAGCCCUGGCUUCCAAACCACCUCUGCUGACCUUUGGCCUCUCUUGCAGAAGGGCCAGCUGCAGUUAAAACCUAGUCACUCUUCUGCCGUGGCACAGGUGCAUCUUUUAACCUCAAGUACGUUGUGAAACAGGCAGCAGUGCCUCUUACCAGGUGGAUAUCCAGAAAUCUGCACUGCCAGCUUUGCUUCCCACUGCUGCCAGCCCCAGGCAGGGUAUCUGCAGAGGGUAUUAACUGAGGCUCAGGAAAUACUGGUAAAUGUUAAUGACAGCCAGCAGGCACAUGUUUGUCCAUGCAAGUCAGGUCAGAAGUGUGAGCAGCGAAUGAGUCUGCGCAGGUAAUAUUUACUGUCUUCGUGGAAUUCACAGUUCUGCUGCCUUUUUACAUCUGGCCAGAUCAUAAAGGGCAGGAGGCAAAUGCCUGCUGCGUGCCAGGGUCUAGCUGUUAAUGGGAGAAAAGGGAAGAGUGGUCAGGCUACUACAGGUCUCAAUAGAUGAGCAAAACAUCCUUUUGUAACUGUUGAGCAGUCCUGACUCACUGGGAGCCAGCUCCUCUGAGGAUCACACUCAUGUUCUGCUCCAUUUCAGGUAGGGAAUGGGACUGGGAGGCUCUACCUGAGGGGGACUUUGUACCAGUUAUUAAAUAAAGCUAUAACUGAGUUUCAUUGUUA